GGAAUUCCUGGUGGAGGGACAAGAGGAGGCGGGACUUCCUGUAGCAGCUGAAGGCGACCUGCCAUCCAAACAUUUACCUACUUUCCCUCAGGCUGGUGCCCAGGAGAGCCGAGAUGGAAUCCAGGGGCCGCCUGUGGCUGGAGAGCCCCCCGGGGGGUGCACCCCCCAUCUUCCUGCCCAUGGACGGGAAAGCCCUGGUUUUGGGCCGCGGGCCCCUGACCCAGGUUACCGACCGGAAGUGCUCCAGACACCAAGUGGAGCUGGUCGCGGACCCUGAGACCCGGACCGUGGCUGUGAAACAGCGGGGAGUUAACCCUUCAACUGCCGGGACCCAGGAGCUGAAGCCGGAGUCAGAGGGCUCUCUGGCGGUGGGGGACACGCUGUAUUUGGUCAAUGGCCUCUACCCGCUGACCCUGCGCUGGGAGGAGUCCCGCAUGCCAGAAUCCCAGCCAGACACUCCGCCCGGCACCCCUCCCGCGGCCCCAACCGAGGAGGAGCAGCAGGAGCAGGAGCAGGAGGAAGAGGAGGAUGUUGAACGGCCGAAAAAGCGGAUGCGGAAGUCGUCCCCUGGCUGGGAGAGCUUGGAGAAGCUGCUGGUGUUCACCGCACCUGGGGUGAAGCCCCGGGGUAAGGUGGCCGGCUUUGAUCUGGAUGGGACCCUCAUCACCACACGCUCUGGGAAGGUCUUCCCCACCAGCACCAGUGACUGGAGGAUCUUGUACCUAGAGAUUCCACAGAAGCUCCGGGAGCUGGACGCCGAGGGCUACAAGCUGGUCAUCUUCACCAACCAGAUGGGCAUUGGGCGUGGGAAGCUGUCAGCAGAGGAGUUCAAGGCCAAGGUGGAGGCUGUGGUGGAAAAGCUGGGAGUCCCCUUUCAGGUGCUGGUGGCCACACAUGCUGGCUUAUACCGGAAGCCGAUGAUUGGCAUGUGGGACCAUCUGCGGGAGCAGGCCAAUGAAGGCGUGCCCAUCUCCAUUGGGGACAGCAUCUUCGUGGGAGACGCAGCUGGACGCCCAGCCAACUGGGCCCCAGGGCGAAAAAAGAAAGACUUCUCCUGCGCAGACCGCCUGGUG